GGUCAAAUUUCCCUAAAAAUAAUCUUUCAAUAGCUCAAUAGGUCAUUUCUAGUUUUCAACUGUACCAAGUCUACAGCAAAGCUUAGAUGAGGAUAUUUUGGUAUUAAAAAUUGAUAUCCUCCAUUACUGAUCAAAGCAAACCUGUUGAUCCUCAAAUCAUCACUACCCAAAGUUUGUAUCUUGAUUCUGUCUCCAUCUGUACUAAUUAUUAUUUCUAUAUUCAUAUACCAACAAUUUUAUAUCAAAUUUCCCAUUUUUCUGCUAAAGAAAUCAUUUUUUAGCCAGUUUAUUCUAAAAUUCAUGAUUGAUAUGCUUAAGGACUAAUUCAUAGAGAUAAAAAAGAGAAAAGUUCUGUCUUUUUUGAAAAAGAAGGAAAGAAUAGUUCUUUAUAUCAUCAAUACUGUCUCUAAUCAAUCUUCAAUUUGGGGUUUCUUUGGGCUUUUUUGUUUUUUGUUUGGUUGAUUCUGAAACAAGCUAUGAAAUCAUGCCCAUUUAGAAAAAAAUUGAAUCUUUUGUGCAAAUUUGGAGCACCAGUUUCACCCAAAUUCCUUUUCCUUCUCUCCUAUGGAGAAGAAUGAGAAGAACACAACACCCAUUAGGCUUGAUGUUCAAACCCCACUUCUUCAACCUACCAAUGGGACCCACCAACUAGAUGAUCAUUCUAAUGAGUCUAGUUACAAUGAUAAGGAGCAACAAUUGCAUGAAGAGCAUACCCCACAAGAGAUUGUUAGUGUAGUUGUGGAUGUUGAUGAAGAAGAUGAUAAACAGCUUGAUAAAACCCUAAAAAGAUUGGAGUUUUAUCUCAGAUUUCUGGGUUUUGAUCAGACAAGUCCAUUGAAGUUUUUGGUGUCUUGGGUUGUGUUCUUUCUUGUGGGUGUUGUAGUUCCUAUGAUGAUAAUUGGGCUCACCCACUGCUUGGAUUGUGAAGAUUAUCAAGUCAAGGAUUUUGAGUAUGAAAUUCUUACCUCACAUUUUCUUCUUGGUGGUGUUUCUUUGAUUUGUAUGGCCUACAAUAUUAAUAAAAAAGGGUUCAGAAAAUUCUUGUUUGUUGAUCGUUAUAGGGGGUAUACCACCCGUUUCAAGGACCAGUAUGUCAAAAACAUUAAGGGUUCAUAUCGUUUGUUUUUGCGGUCAUUGCUUCCAUGUUGCUUGUUGAAGGCGGCUCAUGAGACCAUGCGCACGAUAUAUGUUCAAAAUCUAUCUUGGUGGUUGGCCACUAUAAAAGUCUCAACAUUAGUGAUAUCUUGGACAUACUUAAGUGCAAUUUCUUUAGCAGCCUGCAUCCUAUUCCAUUUAGCCUGCAAUUUGCAAGUUAUCCAUUUCAAUGAUUAUGCAAAAGUCUUGGAGAAUGAAUCCAGUAUUAUGACUUUAAUGGACGAACACAUGCGAUUGAGGGAUUAUCUUUCUAAGAUCAGCCACAGAUUUCGGAUAUAUCUUAUCUUGGUCUUCCUCUUUGUCACCGCUAGCCUAUGUAUGACACUGAUACAGAUCACAGGUGUGAAUGGAAGAGUUACCUUCUUAAAUGGUGGAAAUUUUGCUGUCACUUCAAUCGUUCAAGUUGUUGAGACGCUUCUUUGCUUGCAUGCUGGUACAAAAAUUUCCUCCCGAGCCCAGGGCAUUGGUGCAGUUGCAUGUAGAUGGCAUGCAAUAGUAACUUGCAAGUCUCUUGAUGGAGGUAGACGUUCAAUGUCUUUGUGUUCAUUAUCUUCGAGUUUUUCCGGGAGUGAAUCAAGUUUGCUAGAUGAAAAUUCAAUUGUCAACCAUUCUCAAUUUGCUUCAGUUUCUUCAUAUAACAAAAGACAAUCUUUUGUGAUGUAUUUGCAGGCGAAUCCUGGAGGGCUCACAUUAUACGGUUGGACAGUGGAUCGUACACUUUUGUCUACAAUUUUCGCUAUUGAGCUCUCCCUCGUUCUUUUUGUGCUUGGUCAGACCAUUGUUUUCUACUCCCCAUCAUCUUGAGUUAUUUACUAUCAUCAAUGUAAAUGUUGUCCUGUUCUGAAAUCAAUACUGCUGUCGAAAGUUCCUAGCAAAGUUCAUUCAGAACUGUUUUUUGUUCGCUCCCGAAUUUUUUUUAGCCAUUACACACUAGAUUUUGGCACACUAGGAAGAUCCACCCCGGUUGUCUAUUGCACGAGUGCAUCGUCCAUUUUGUAUAAUUUGUAUAUUCAUUUGUACAUAAAAAUAUCGAGCAAAUCAGUUCCCCUAAUUGGGACUGUAUGUAAUAUGUAACAAUGACUUGUAUACGCGAGUGAAUGUGAAAUAAGCAUAUAUGUUCAUGGAUGUUUAUAAAGAAUGAAAGUUAUCGAGUA